UUACUAGCAUGUCUCCCUCCAAUUAUCUUGUCGAGGACGCUCUGGUGGCCCUGCCAGCCAAGAUUCCAUUUGAAAAGCAGUCUCUGCCUUUGCCUGGCACCAAACGUCCCGGCCAAACUGCCCACUAUGUCAAUGCCAUGUGGGGUCUACUCGAUCCUGCUGAGCAUAGGCUGAAGACGGUGGCCGACAUCUUUAUCAGUGGGAUGUCACUCGGGAAGGACCGGCCUUUGCUCGGGCACCGACCAGUUCUUUCGAAGAAGCCGCUGACGUUUGCAAAUCGCUACGAGUGGCUCACCUACGGACAAGUCGAUGUGCGGCGCAGGAACUUGGGUAGUGGUCUGUUGCAACUAUUCAGCGACCCUGCAUCCGGAGUCGGUGGUGGAGAGCUGGAGACGGUCGGGAUUUGGUCAAUCAACCGCCCCGAAUGGCAAAUCGUUGACCUGGCUCUUAUGAGCUACAAGAAGGUCAACGUUAGUUUCAUCAACCACGCCCACCUCACCAUCAUAUUCGCGACUCUGGAUCACAUCCCGGCUUUGCUAAAGCUGGCACCGAAGACUCCGCAGUUGAAAGUCGUGGUCAGCAUGGAUGUUCUGUCUGCUGACGUGCGACAAGUCUUCGGCGAGUGGGGGCAAUCCGUCGGUGUUUCCGUUGUGGACAUGGGAGACAUCGAGGCACUUGGCUUGGCUCACCUCUCUGAACCGAUCCCCCCGUCACCGGAAGAUAUCGCGUCUAUCUGCUACACGUCGGGAACGACGAGCAUGCCCAAAGGUGCUGUGCUGACCCAUGGUCAAUUGAGCAGCUCAGUCGUGACCAAUCUGCUGGGUCUCAAUAUCCCAUCGAACACCACCAUGAUGUCUUAUCUUCCUCUGGCCCAUAUCUACGAACGUGUCAACGAGCAAAACUGUAUCGCCGUCGGUGGAAACAUUGGGUUCUUCACGGGUGAUCCCUUGCGCUUGAUCGAAGACUGCCAGAUCCUCAAGCCCGCUUUCUUCCCUGGGGUUCCGCGUGUUCUGAAUCGAGUGUAUCAAUCGGCGAUGGCUGCUGCCAACGUGCCCGGCUUCAAGGGCGACUUGUUUAGGAGAGCUAUGGCCGCGAAAUUGGAGAAGUUCCGCGCGACUGGAGACAACACGCACUUCUUCUGGGAUAAGCUUGUCUUCCGCAAGAUUCAAGCCGUACUCGGAGGAAAUAUCCUCCUCGUCACCAGUGGCUCUGCCCCAAUCAGCGGAGAUGUCGUAGACUUCUUGAAUGUGGCGUUUGGCUGCCAGAUCAUUGAAGGCUACGGGAUGACGGAGACCUGUGCCGUGGCGACAAAAACAUGGCCGGGAGACGCAUCCGCUGGAGGCUCUGUCGGUCCCCCGCAAUCAGCCAAUCUCAUCAAGCUGGUGGAUGUCCCUGCUAUGAACUACACGUCCGAAGACAAACCCAAUCCCCGGGGUGAGAUGUGUGUAAAGGGCAUCAACACUUUCUUGCGCUAUUACAAAGGUCAAUCCAAGAGAUGCGUGCUUGAAUUAGAAGCUGACGAUUCCACAGAUGAGAAGAACACUGCGAGCACCAUCGAUUCGGAAGGCUGGUUGCACACCGGGGAUGUCGCUGAAAUCGACUCUUGCGGACGCUUCAGGAUCAUCGAUAGGGUCAAGAACAUCAUGAAACUGGCUCAAGGCGAAUACGUCGCCCUCGAGAAGGUCGAAAACACGUACAGCACGGUUCCUGUAGUGGCUCAGCUCUACGUCCAUGGAGACUCGCUGCAGUCCUUCCUGAUCGGUGUGGUCGUCGCCGACCCGAUUCAGCUCGCCCCUCUUGUUUCGAGGGUCCUGGACAAGAAGGUCGCUUCUGAUGACCUGGUUGCCCUGUCCGCGGCCUGCAAGGACGAAGGGGUCGUUGCCAGCGUUUUGAAUCUCCUUUCGAAAGAAGCCAAGAAGAAUGCGCUCAAAGGAUUCGAGACUGUGAAGCGCAUCCACUUGACCUUGGACAUGUUCACGGUUGAGGAGGGGACCAUGACGCCAACGAUGAAGCUUAGACGGAAAGAUGCGUACAACAAAUUCCAGACGGAACUAGAUGCCUUAUAUGCUCUGGGAGAGCCGUCGUCCUCCAGCACAAAACUGUAG